CUUUGUCGUUCCUCGCGAUAGGCUUAGUUAAUUUAUUUAAUUUAUUAAUCUUUAUAUCACUCAAAAAAAAUGCGCGUGUUUCUGUGCCUCUCGGCGAUAGCCAUGUUUUUGGGCAAUACGAGUGCGGGAACAUUGCCGUCAUUCAUCAAACCGUGUUCAGCAUCAGAUCCAAACUUGAACCAAUGCGUCGAGAAGGUUAUAGCUGCAGCCGGUGCCAAGUUCGCGAACGGCAUCCCCGAGCUAGGAAUCCGUCCCCUGGACCCCGUGGAGCUGGGCCGGGUGGUGGUCAACAACCCCGCGCUGAAGAUCACCUUCGACGACACGGUGGUGACCGGGCUGGGAGGCUUCAGAAUCAACUCUUAUAAGAUCCAACCAGAAAAGGGCAAAGCGGUGUUGGACUUCACGGCCAACGUGACGCUGAAAGCACGUUACGUCAUGGACGGACAGGUGCUCAUCCUGCCCAUAAAAGGAGACGGCCAGGCCAAGAUUAAGAUCACUAAUCUGAACAUCGUCAUCAAGUACGACUUCAAGACAGUGGACGGCCACUGGUUGGUAACAGGCCACAAGGACUCCUACAAGAUGGACGGCGCGCAGUUCAAGUUCACCAACCUCUUCAACGGGAACAAGGACCUCGCCGACACUACACUAAAGUUCCUAAACGAAAACUGGAGCAUAAUCAUGCAAGAGAUAGCGCCACCCGCUAUCGACCAGAUCCUGCAUAACUGCGUGGAGAAGGUCAAGAUGCUGUUCGCGGCAGUGCCUGCAGCUGAACUGCUCACCCAGUGAAAUGCGGACACAAUCCACGCGGUGAUCAACGAGCACUGGGAGCCCGUGAUCCGCGACAUCGCGCCCACAUCCUUCGCCACCAUCAUCACCGCCUGCGUUGACGAAACCAAAAAACUCUUCGCAGCUGUACCCGCAGUCCAACUGCUCCUGCCUCUCUGAUUCGCACUCCUCAAUCUUCAUUCCUUCAUCAUUCGCAGCCCAUUAACUUGCAGGCUAUAGGCCUCGUCUCUCAUAGCGGACGGAUAAGAGCAUUAACCCACUAAGCUGAUCCAAUGCGGUUUGGUGGGCUAUAAUAUAAUGAUACAUCUAAUCACAUCUACUUUUAUAUUAUGUUUGUUUCUUAAGAUUAUUGAUACAAAAAGUUACAAGCAAUACUAAAUACGAACUAAGCAGUAAUUUUACUAUUUCCAAACUGAGCAAUAGUUGGUUAUAUAAAACAUGGAACGGUACAUCCAAGCCCAAAUCUGGAACGCACCUAAUUAUAUAGGGGAUGCCAUAGUGUCGUUUAUAUUCCGGCUUCUUGCUGGCUCGCUUAUAACCCAGUGGACAGGUUAAGGAUGAUGAACUCUAUAAUUUCGUUUUUAAGUGAUAGACUUCUGUCUAUGUAGGGCAUAAGGAAGGCAACGGCAAAAUCUUUCGUUUAAAUAAUAUAAAUUCGAUAGUACAAAUUCGGUUGUACUUAGCUACUUCAAUAUCUACACUAAAUUGACAUUUCUAAAAGUAGGUAAUGCCAUCGGUUUUGACAAGGAAAAGGCGGUAUGAAAAACUUAUAAAAUUGGCAAAUUAACAAAAGGUUUUUACAUAUCUAAACAUGCACAGCGGUAGGUGCGAACCAGCAUUCGAAACUUGAAGGUAAGAUUUCGAGAUGCAAAUAUUCGUACUAGGUAAUCACUGAUGCAUGCGAAUCGAUGGCGAUUGUAGCAAAAUUAUAAUGUUGUGCCUACCAACUAUGUAAAGAAAUUGAAAUUAAAAUUGUACUCAAAAUUUGACUAACUACUAAGGCUUUGCUUUAAAGUUGCAAACUCGACGUACCUACAGUCACUAUAGUGUUAAAAAAUUGAUUGAAAAUAUAAUACUUGUAUUAAGGCCAGCGGUUGUGGUUAGUGAAUAGUGUUAUAAUUUCCGUGUAACCUGUAAUUUACUAUCGCUACAUAGUACUCAUUCGCUACUAUAUUUCAAAUGCAAUAUCCCUUUUCUUCAUAACUGUACAUUUACCUAACUGCUUAAAAAAGUUAGGCCUUUUUGGUACUGAUUACAGGAAUACCAACCUUGUAUUACUUAAUUAGAGAUGUAAAAAUACCGUAUACUUAAUACCUACUUACUAAAAACAAGACAAAAUAGCGAAAUUUGAUAAGUUUUAAAUGAAAUUAGCCAGAAAAAAUUCUUAUUAAAUUGUGGGUAUGUAGAAAGAAAAAAGCGUCUUUAAAAACUUUUUUUGGGUCAAUUAUAGAUUAGCUUGAAUUAAAAUGCAGCUCGAUUUGUGUUAAUUAAUGUAACAACCAACCAUCUUAGCAUCAACCUAUUUAAUUAAUCUUUAUUAGGUAAUUAGGCUAAAAAUGCUGUUCAAAUUAAAAUAGAUUUAUCUAGUAAUUUUCAACUUGCAACUUAAGCCUGGCUUGCGUCUUAAAAACUGAUGCUAAUUUGAAUAAAUCUCCAAAUUAAAUUGACAAGUCCUAAAUAGUGUUGUCCUCCAAAAGGACUUGUGAAACUUUACACGUGUCAGUUUAUUACGUUUGUUAGGUUUGUGUAGCUAAGUAAGUUCCAGUUAGUACCACAGAGUUAGCACUACUGUUAUAUUUUUAAUGCCAACGCGGCAACGCUAUAACAAACAAUUACUGAUAAGACGUUAAGUGAUAAUUACUUUAAGUUAGUGUUAUAAGUAGAUAUAGUUACAAUUAUUAAACUAAUUAUUUCGUA